AGAAAACACAGUCUCACUUUGGAGUUGAGUGCCGCAUCCCUUUCAUCCAGAGUGCGGCUCUGGCAGCUUCUGCGCUUCUCCUCCGCUCACCGCCGUGUCUCCUCUCCGGAGCAGCUUGCCAAAGGGCUGAUUGUGUCUGAGGAAGAGCGAGCAGACUCCACUUACUCUAGCCACACGGAAGAGGAAUAUUGGAACUAUUCUCCACUCUCUGGCAACUGGAUGGGAAGACGGAGAAUCUUUGACCUCGGAAAAUGAAGAUGUUGUUGCCAUGGGAACUGUUAAUCCUUCUGUCACUCAAAGAGUGCCUGGCUGAGAAUACACGCCACGGUCCUGUCUUCACCCAGGAGCCAAGUGACAGUGUUUUCCCACUGAGCACUGAUGAUAAGCACGUGUUUAUUAACUGCAAAGCAAAGGGAAACCCACCUCCGCAUUACAGGUGGAAAGUGGACGGCAGAGAAAUGAACACAGAGUCCGAUCCAAACUACAGCCUCGUGGAGGGUAACCUGUUGAUCAAUAACCCUCAUGUGAUCAACCACGGAGGGGUGUAUCAAUGCAUCGCCACCAACACCUUUGGGACCGUUGUCAGCAGGGAGGCAAAGGUCCAGUUCGCAUUUCUGCAGAACUUCAGCAGGAAGUCAAGGAACAUGGUGUCAGUGAGAGCGGGUCAAGCUGUGGUUCUGCUCUGUGGCCCUCCACCUCAUUACGGAGAGAUCAAAUAUUCAUGGGUGUUCAACGGACAACGCGGCUUCCUGCAACAGGACGCCCGGCGUUUCGUUUCUCAGAGGACAGGCAACUUGUAUGUAGCCAAAGUCGAGGCCUCAGACGCUGGGAACUAUACGUGUGUGGUGAGAAACAUGAUGACCAAUGCGACAGUGUUCAGCUCCCCAACCCCUGUGGUGGUGCGGAGGGACGUCGUGAUGGGAGAAUACGAGCCAAAGAUUGAGGUUCAGUUUCCCGACACCCUAUAUGUCGCUAAAGGAUCAUCAGUGAAGCUGGAGUGCUUUGCCUUAGGAAACCCUGUGCCUUCCAUUUCGUGGAGAAGAGCUGAUGGAAAUCCACUCCCUGGCAAGAUUAAAAUCAAUCAUGCCAGUGGGGUUCUGGAAAUUCCAUAUUUUCGCCCGGAGGAUGCUGGUGUGUAUGAGUGCAUGGCCGAAAACAGCAGAGGACGAAAUGUUGCCCGAGGCCAACUAAUAUUCCACAAUGUUGAACAUCUGCACUGGGUCCAGACUCUGAAAGAUGCUCAUAUGGCAAUAGAUGCUAAUCUGCAAUGGGAAUGCAAAGCCAUCGGUAAGCCUAGGCCAACGUACAGAUGGCUGAAGAAUGGUCAGCCACUGGCAGUAGAGGGCAGGAUUCAUGUGGAAGCUGGGAGACUGACCAUAUCGAAGAUUAGCCUGUUGGACUCUGGGAUGUAUCAGUGUGUGUCAGAGAAUGAACAUGGAGCUCUCUAUGCCAGCGCUGAGCUCAAGGUUGUAGCCUCUCCGCCUGACUUCACCCGACACCCCGUGAAGAAGUCCACAGUGAUCCAGAGAGGAGGCGAGGUUGUCUUGGAGUGUCGCCCCCACGCUUCCCCCAGGGCCACAAUCUCCUGGUGGAGAAGGGGCGAACUGCUGAAGGACAGCAGGAGACAGACUAUCAUGGAGGAUGGGACCCUGCGUAUCACCAACAUCUCCAAAUCUGAUGGAGGCAGAUACACUUGUGUGGCAAGAAACCAUUUUGGAACAUCCAGCAACACAGGAAUGCUGUUGGUGAAAGAACCCACCAGAAUAGUAGUCCCUCCCUUGAGUUUGGAUGCCACCGUGGGACAGAGCCUUGUGCUGCCAUGCGAGGUUUUCAGCGACUCAUCCCUGAGCCCCGUCUUCAAGUGGUUUUUCAACGGCAAAACCAUUGAUUUCAUUAGGCAGGAGCACUUUGAAAUGAUCGGAGGGGGAUUUGCAGGUGACCUGAUGGUGAGGAACAUUCAGCUGAAGCACUCUGGGAAGUAUGUGUGUAUGGUACAUACUGAAGUCGAUACCGUUUCAGCAGCAGCGGACCUAAUUGUCCGAGGGCCUCCUGGUGCCCCGGAGGGUCUGGUGGUGACUGACAUUACUGACACCACUGUGCAACUGUCCUGGGGCUCUGGACCUGACAACCACAGCCCUGUUACCAUGUACAUGGUGCAGGCCAGGACCCCAUUCUCUAUAGGCUGGCAGACUGUGAGAACAGUUCCUGAUUCUGUGCCUGGACAGAUGAUUCAUGCAACAGUGAAAGAUUUGAGCCCCUGGGUUGAUUAUGAAUUCAGGGUGGUGGCAAUCAACAGCGUUGGUGUGGGAGAACCCAGCACGCCAUCAAAACAGAUUCGAACCAAAGCAGCAGUUCCCAAGGUUGCACCGGUUAAUGUUAGUGGUGGCGGAGGAGCCCGAGGAGAACUUGUCAUCAUUUGGGAGCCAGUUCCAGAGGAACAGCAGAGUGGAGACGACUUUGGCUAUGUCGUGGCUUUCCGCCCACUCGGCAGCAGCACCUGGAUCCAGACAGUGCUGGCGUCACCUGAUGCAUCCAGAUAUGUUUACAGAAAUGACAGCAUCGCACCCCUGUCCCCGUUUGAAGCGAUGGUGGGAGUGUACAACAGCCUGGGAGAGGGGCAGUUCAGCCGUGUUGUUCAAGUGUUUUCUGCAGAGGAAGAGCCCUCAGAGGCACCAUCAAAAGUGUGGGGCCGCUCUUUGUCAGCCUCGGAGAUCGCGGUGUACUGGGAACCAGUUCCCUUGGGGUCCAGGAGGGAGAAGAUCGUUGCAUAUGAGGUUCUGUUUUGGGAGGAAGGGGCUCGGCAGAGCGACGCUGACAGAGUGAAGGUUAUCAACACCAUAGCACUGCUCUCUGGCUUAAAGGGCAGCACUGUCUAUCAGAUCUCAGUCAGAGCGCAAAACAGUGCUGGACUUGGGCCCUGCAGCCCUGCGUUUAACAUCACCACCAAGAAACCACCUCCAAGCCAGCCUCCAGGGAAUAUUGAGUGGAGCCUGACCAACUCGAAGAUCUUUCUAAACUGGGAACAUGUCAAGGCGAUGGAAAAUGAGUCUGAGGUGACAGGAUACAAGGUUAUGUAUCGUCAGGACUGGCAAGGCGGGACCACUGUACUGGAAACCAAUAAGACCAGUGUGGAGCUGCAGAUUCCCUCUGGAGAGGACUACUUCAUUGAGAUCAAAACUCUGACCAAAGGGGGAGAUGGCACAAGCAGUGGCCCCAUCCGCAUACCAAAGAUGUCCAGUCUUAACUCUAAAGGAUGUGUGUGCCCAGUUUCAAUGAAGAUUUGCAGUUUCAUCAUGUUUUUUUUAAUAUUUUCUAUAUUAAUUAUGUAGCUUCUGAUGCCUUUACAUUCUGCUUUGGACAUUAGAGUGAAUAUAGUUUGUGAUCCUCCACCUCUUCAUGUAAGGUUUGUGGAAUGGUUCGAAAUGUUUCUCAAACAUUGUUUUGCAAACCCAAAGUGAAUGAUGGGAAUCAUUUUGACAGGUUGUCAAAUGCCCACUAAUCCGUGGUUGGACUGUUACUCAUAGACAACAGUACAGUUACAACACAUUUUCAUCUGCCUAUUUUCAGGACCACUGCCAUCCUCCAAGAUGCAUGCAUUUGAUAAACUUGGAAAGAUGAAUUGCUUAUCUUUACUUGUGAAAUGAACAUGAGCACAUGUUCAUGUCCCAGUUUCGUGUCUUCUUUUUUUUUUGCCUCAGCUUCCAAGUUAUUUAAUAGCUCGAUGUGACCCCCAUGAAUGUUAUAGAUGAAGAGGUGCAAGUUUGACAUACUAUCGUACAUGCAAUGUGAAAAUUCUCUGUUCAAUUUGUGCUGUUCCUUCGGAGUUAAAGUGUUAAUCCUUGACAUUUUGAUUGUAUUGGUGGUGGAGUCAAAACUAACCCAUACACUUGAAUGAACAUUGGACAUUUUUACAAUUUUCUCAAUUACUUUGAGCUGUUUUCUCUCUGCUUCAUGAUCAUGAACUAAGCCAAUUGGCCCACAGCUCCAGCUUCAUUGCAGAUAAGACACCGGUGCAGAUUUUGUCAUGAAAUAAAGCAAAUAAGCAUAUUUCCCUAUAAGUAUCCAAAGCAAAUUAGCCAACUAGCAACAAACAACUCUUCAUCCCAACAUGAAAUACAGAGAUCAGCUGCAACAUUCCAACCAAUAAAACAGGUAAUUGGUUUCAUGCUGUGGCUGAUUGGUGUUAUUAUAAUAUUAUUUGUAUGAAUUUAUAUUUGUAAAUUAUUUGUGUGUGUGUGUUUGUAUAGAUGGCUUUUUCCAAGUGAUGGUGUCAAUGUCCCAAAAUGACUGAGAGCUAAUAUGAAGGAGAAAUGUUGCUUUUGUGCCUCAUACUGCCUGAAUCACAAAAUUUAGUGCCCAUGGAAAAGUAAAUCUACUUCAAUCUUAUCUGAGCUCCGGAUUGUAUGAAGUCAGUAAAUUGUUUUGUAUUGAAACCACAGAUCAAAACGGCUGUUUUUAGGUAGGACAGCUCUCACCGUUACUCUGGGUUUAGGGCUGAUUAAUGAAUAUUGCCGAUGCUCUGUGUUUGACAUGUGUUUAGAAUUUCAGUUUGGCAAAGGGUGACAGCUGAUAGAGGAGCACACUGAAGGCUUUGGAUGGAAAUUGUGUCACGUCGUGCUUAUAACGUCACAGAAAAUUAAGCCUAUAAAUAUAGGUCAGGGUGUUUUUUCAUGAUCCUGCGUGGCUGAUCAAUAAUACUGAUUACAGUUUAUCAGGCGUGACACUCUGCCUCUUUAGACUGCAGGCAUCUCCAAUAUGAGAUUUUGCAUUCAUUUAACACAUCUGGAAUAUAUCCAGUGACUAUGUUGAUAUUAAAAGUAUAACCACAGUGAUCACUCCAGUGCUCUUAACUUUAUGCAGCAGACAAACAGCAUGACUAUGCUAGUUGUUUACGUUUACGUUUAAGUUUAACCUCUGUUGUCAGGUUAACCUGUGGAGCUACAUUUAUCAGUAUCCUUUCGUAGUGCUGUUACUGCUAUUAGCUGCUGGUUAUCAUCAUGUCAGCAGCCACAGUUGUUGCAUGUGUGUUGCAUAUAAAUUAAUUCCAAAAAUUUUAAUCUAAUGUGACUUUGUGGAAAUGUGUUUUCUACUCCAAUACCCACAUCAAGAAUUGUGUUUAAAUGAAAAAUCCAUCUAUACUGAUCAACUACUGUUAGCUAAUGCUGCGUUCUAUUAUACCUCGGAACUCGGAAUAACCGACCUCCGAGUCGGAAAUUGCGACAGGAGUUAGCUCUUACUACCAUUAGCUCAGCUCCUUAGCCUAACUGCCAAACCAGCCUCCCAGGUCAAAGCUGACACCUACAUUACCCACAGUUCUAAUGUGGCCACAAGCACUGACAUCACUUGAAGCAUUUUAUCCGCCUUCAAUCAGCUCCCCCCACUUUUCCAAAGACGUCCCAAACUUUAAUGUGUAAAAUCAGUGGGCCCCUUCUGCCAAACACUCACUAAAUAAAGACCAAAUGUAACACAUGUUACAACAUCAAUGACUACAUGUCAUCUACUGUAGGUGUUCCUUUUCAGCCCUGGUAUUGUGCAACAUUUGCCUCCAUCCAUGUUAAUUUAUUUGAGGCUCUGUUUGUUUGUUUUUUUAAUGAUAACCUGUGCAACUGAUGUCUCCACAGUUUACACCCCAGCUAAAACUGUUCAGGUUACAUGUCCUAUGUGACCAAACUAUCUUCAGGAUUAACAGCUACAGAGAUAGGAUAGUUGUGAUUGUAUUAUGCUGAUUUUAUGCAAGGGCAUACCGGCUUACCAUAACGUGUUAAACAAAGCUGCUUUGCCUCGUCAAGUUUAUGCUAGUAUGUAGUAUAUUAUUCAAAGUUGUUGUCAACAGAAGGGCAAACUUAUCACACAUAGAAAACAGAAUGUCAUUUAUUUCAUUUGUAAAAUUAUAUUUGAUGUAAUUUUUUGUGGGGGACAAGAGGUCAAGCGAAAAACAGCUACCGUAUAAACUUUUUAUACACACAAAUUUGAAGAAUGAUUAAGUAUGACAGUAAGGAAGUAUGACCUGAAGAAUUCUUUUCUGCAUUCAGUGUGCUUUUUGUUAAUUGCAAACAUCAGCAUCUUCUAGAAGUAAAUACAACAAUUCUGAAACUGAUAAGUUGCUCAAAUGGAAUAACAUUUGUCUUUGAACAGUUAUUUCCCAACAUGGAUUGGACCUUUCAUAAUAAUAGCCUUCAUCUAUUGCAAUGGAAUAUACCUUCACUAAAUUAUGAGACAGGAUACUUCAUUAAAGCAAUAGAUAUUUUGAAGAAAAUUUACACUCAGCCUUGUCUGAUAUGUUGAAUGAAACAUCCGCAUCUCUCCAAUAUUUUACUUCCUCCAGGACAUAUUUCUCUUGUGCGAAACAGAUGAACAUACAAUGUAGAUGAAUAUAUAUAUUAUUAUUUUUUUGAUAUUUUAGUCAGUGUCGCCCUCAUACAAUACACUGAGUGGCAAAAGUUAUAGGAGAAAAGUUACAGUGAUGUUACUGUUUUGAAAUGUAAAGAAAUGCCUGUGCAAAUGUUAAAUUCCAGAUUUGUUUGCUAUACAGUGCUUAUGUCAGAUCAUUUGAUGCCUUUAAAUUUAGAUGUAUUUAAACACCAGGUCUGUCAUUUCAACACAAGAAACAUUUUGGGACAACAUAAAUUACUUUUAAUAUCAAUCUCAAGAUAUAUUAACAACACAACUAUCAUAAAUGUAUGUAUUUUUUUAAUAAUGCUGAAAAUUAAAAUUAAGAACACAUGCAGAUGUUGAAAUGGCAUAUUGAGCAGAACUGUUUGUUCCUUGUAUGUAUUUGUGAGCUUUUUUCCUUAUUGUAAUGACUUAAGUGCUAAAUCUUUAUUGUAUAUUUUUGUUUUGAAUUUUAAUUUUUUAGUUUGAAAUCUAUAUUAGUCCAAACCUCAUUCAUUUUACACAUUAUAGUUUAUUUUGUGCUGUGCUGUUCACUUAAACCCGACAUCCUUUUACAUUUAGCUAAUGAAUGGUUUAAUUUUCUGUUGCAAUAUCUAAUUAUGACUACUCAAAUUUGUUUUUAUGCCCUUGUCAUUUAUUAUCAACAGGUUUUCUUUAUCUGGAUCUGCAACAUGUUACUUCAGUAAUGUAAUACCAUUGUAUUAAUAUGAUAUAUAUGAUAUCUCUGUGAGAUGAGGAAGACUCAA